AUGGGGGAGGAUGACUCUUCUAACCCUCAUGGCGGUAGCACCACUGCUUCCUCCUUUCCUUCUCAACCAACCAUAGCCGAGUUGAGUGCCCAGGUGGCUCAACUAAUGCAGAUGCAAACUCAGACCUCGAACUUGAUCCUAACCCAGGAUCCUACCAAGACGACCCCGACCUCGACUCAGACGACGACCCCGACCUCGAAUCAGACGACGACCUUGAACCCGAAUCAGACAACGAUUCCGACGACGAUUACCUAUGAAGCUUCCGCUGCACAGAUUGGCAUAAAGUUGGAUGGCACCAACUAUGCCCUAUGGUCCCAAGUUGUAGAGUUGUAUAUCUCCGGCAAAGACAAAUUGGGAUAUAUUAAUGGUGAUCUUCCACAACCUCCUUUGACCGCUCCAACGUUUCCUCGCUGGCGCACCGAGAACUCUAUUGUAAAGGGAUGGCUCAUCAAUUCUCUAGAGCAGAGCUUGAUUGGCAAUUUCAUUCGUUUUCCGACGGCAAAAGCAGUGUGGGAUGCAAUUGCCACAACUUACUAUGAUGGCACUGACACCUCUCAGGUUUAUGAUCUGAAACGACGAGUCUCCCGUAUGCGACAAGCUGACGGCUCUAUUGAAACCUAUUACAAUACUCUCCAAAGCUUAUGGAGAGAAAUUGAUUUCCGUCGUCCAAAUAUGAUGGAGUAUGAAAAUGAUAUCAAGCGGUAUAAUGAUAUUCUACAGGAAGAUCGAGUUUACAUAUUUCUGGAUGGCCUUGAUGAUCGUCUUGAUAAGGCCCGAAGUGAUGUUCUUCACAUGACUCCAUUCCCUACUGUGGACCAAGCUUAUGCCUAUGUUCGCCGUGAAGAUGUUCGACAAGCAGUGAUGAUGGGUUCAUCUGCACCCACUGGCGCUGGCUUAGCGGCGAAGAGUGCGCCUCGAUCAGGUCCCCCUACUCGUGCCGGACAGCCCCAUAAUUCCUCUACUCCAGCCCACCUUCAGAUCCAAUCAUAUGCUACUGCUGCUGGUGCGCCACCUCCUAAAACUAUCCCACCUUCCCGUCCCAAGGCUCCGACUGAUGGAAGUGGUUGCACGCACUGUGGCAAUCCCAAACAUACCCGUGACACCUGUUUUAAGCUGAAUGGUUAUCCUGAUUGGUGGGAGGACCUCCGCGCUCGCAAGCUCAGAGAAACUGCUAGUAAUUCCGGCCGUGCUGCUCUUGUCUCUACCGAACCCCAAUUAGCCUUGUUCCCGCAGGUAGACCCUACUGAUAGUCCUGCGCUUCCGGAUGUCUCAGGUAACUGCGGUUAUGCAUUUCAUACUUCUGAUAUACGAGAUACUACUGGUUGGAUAAUUGAUUCUGGCGCCACUGAUCAUAUGACCUUUGAUCCAAAUGAUUUUUUGCACACCACUACACCCCGCCGCACAAGUAUUGCCAAUGCAAAUGGAGUUACCUAUCCUGUAACAGGGGCCGGCACUGUCGCCCUUUCACCUUCUCUGUCCCUUUCUAAUACUCUCCUCGUUCCAUCUUUGUCCAAUAAAUUACUGUCUGUGAGCCAGGGAACUGAACAACUCAAUUGUUGUGCACUAAUUUAUCCAAAUUUUUGUUUGCUACAGGAUAUUCUCACCAAGGAGAUCAUUGGGCGUGGUACUAAAAGAGGGGGGUUGUACUAUGUGGAGGACUUCAGUAUGGGACGUGCCAAUAGUGUAAAGCAUCCGUCUGAUGACAAGCACAAACAGAUUUGGCUCUGGCACCGACGUUUGGGGCAUCCAUCUUUUGGUUAUAUGAGACACUUAUUGCCCGAGUUGUUUUCUGUAUUUAAAGACUCAGAUUUUAAAUGUGACACUUGCAUUUUAGCCAAGAGUCACAGAGCAUCCUAUCCUUUAAGUAUGAAUAAAAGUAAUAUUCCUUUUGCUUUAAUUCAUUCUGAUGUUUGGGGACCCUCACCUAUUUCUACUCAUUCUGGUAUUCGUUGGUUUGUCACAUUCGUAGAUGAUUGUACACGGAUGACAUGGCUUUAUUUGAUGAAAAAUAAGAAUGAAGUGUUUUCCCUGUUUCAAUCCUUUCACAAACAGAUGGAAACACAGUUCAAUGCUCGAAUACAGAUUCUUCGCUCUGACAACGGUGGAGAAUUUGUAAAUCAUGAUUUUCAGACUUACUUCCAGACACAUGGCAUUAUUCAUGAGACAACUUGUCCCCAGACACCACAACAAAAUGGUGUUGCCGAACGGAAGAAUCGUCAUCUCCUUGAAACUGCCCGUGCUCUUCUCAUUGGUGGCCAUGUUCCUCGUCAUCAUUGGGAUGAUGCUGUCAUCACUGCUGUCCACCUUAUCAACCGCAUGCCAUCUGGGGUCUUGAACUUCAAAACUCCAUUACAAGUGCUGGCGCAACAUGGGCCUCUACCCUCUGUUUUGGUGCUUACCCCUCGCAUUUUUGGCUGUGUGGCCUUCGUUCAUCUCCACAAAAAUCAACGAAGCAAACUUGAUCCAUGUGCGCUUCGUUGUGUUUUUUGGGUUAUGCCACUCAUCAGAAAGGCUACCGAUGUUAUCACCCUCAGACCCGUCGAACCUAUGUCACUUUGGAUGUCACUUUUCUAG